ACCUGUACCUGUGUCGUUGCUCAAGUGUAGUGGUCUAGAAGUACUUGAUGUGGGGAACAAUGCUAUAAAUGACAAGUUUCCUUCUUGGCUUGGAACUCUUGAAUACCUGUAGGUCCUUAUAUUAAAGUCGAACAAGUUCCAUGGACCUAUAAGUACGUGUCUGACUAAGUUUUGCUUUCCCAAGUUGCGAAUUUUUGAUCUUUCUCAUAAUGAUUUCAGUGGCUCACUUCCUGCAAAAGUUUUUGGAAACUUCAAGGCAAUGAUCAAAUUAGAUGGUGAAGACACAGGAAAUAUCAUGUACAUGGAAUCUCUGUCGAAUUCGCCAUUUGUCACAUCCUAUGAGGAUUCAGUGAGUUUGGAAAUCAAAGGGCACGAUAUUGAGCUACAAAGAAUAAGCACAAUUAUGACAACCAUAGAUCUCUCAAGCAAUCAUUUUGAAGGUGUGAUUCCGAAAACACUAAAGGAUCUCAGCUCACUUUGGCUACUCAAUUUAUCCCGUAACAAUCUCAGAGGUGAUAUUCCAAUGAAACUAGGACAAUUGAGUAUGCUUGAAGCUUUAGAUCUCUCUUGGAAUCGGCUCACUGGAAAGAUUCCACAGGAAUUGACAAGAAUGAACUUUUUGGCCUUCUUAAACCUCUCUCAAAAUCAUCUCGUCGGACCAAUUCCUCAAGGUCGACCAUUCAACACAUUUGAAAAUGACUCAUAUGGUGGCUACCUUGAUUUAUGUGGUCUUCCUUUAACAAAGAAAUGUGGAACGAGUGAUUCAUCGCAUGUUCCUCAACAAUUGGAGUCCGAAGAAGAAGGUGAGUCAUAUUUUUUUAGUGGAUUUACUUGGGAAUCAGUAAUCAUAGGCUACAGUUUUGGACUAGUUGUUGGAACUUUCAUGUGGAGUCUCAUGUUUAAAUAUCGUAAGCCAAAAUGGUUUGUGGAAUUUUUUGAUGGACUCAUGCCUCACAAAAGAGGAAGGCAAAAGAAGAGAGCUCAGAGAUGAAGGACUUAAUGGAAGAUUGAGAGGGCUAAAUUGUCUUUGUUUGGUUUUGUGGACUAAUUAGUGAACUGUUCUGUUUUUGUCUUUUUUAAUUUUCUAUUUGUUGUUUGUAUAUGUUAGAAAUAUAAUUAUAUGUGUGCUAUUUUAGUAUCAAUGAUUAUGUUAAUCUGUUUUUUUUUUCCAAGUU